AUGUCAGCGAGGCUUCCCCGACAGGCUGAGCGCAGCCUUUUGAAUGUGUUGAAAGUCGCUGCGCGCACACCAGGAGACAAAGUUGCCAUCUGCUCCGGGGACCACGGCAACUGGGCGCUGGGAGGGGCCUUUCUCCCGCGGCUCCGGCUGCCCCGGGCGGCCUCCUCUUCCCGGCCGGCCCCGAUCCUGCCCCAAAGCCAACAUCCCUGCCCCCGCCCAGGGCGCACGCCUGAUGGGAAACUCCGGCUCGCCGCGAAGUACAGUGCUGCGCUGGGGCGCGCGGGGAGCCUCGCGGUCACCCAGAUCCAGGCCUAUGCUAAUGAGAUUAUGAACCAGGGUUGUUUGUGUGCGCGGACGUGGAAGGGGGGGGCCGAUAAAGUCCAGCAGACGGGGUGCGGUGACCCACCUUCCCGCUCGGGACCUGGGAGGGGACGGAGCCGCUGCGGGUGGGGGGGCGCCGACCAGACCCAGCCGGGGCGUCUCGUGGCUGCGGGCCUGGGCUUCCGCACCACCGGGCUCUGCGCGUCGCCGCUCCCGGCGGCGCCUCGCCUCCCAACUGUAAUUCCACACUCCCGCGAGCGCUGGGGCUGCGGAAUCGUUUGA